GAGAUAACAAGAGAGAGGGAGAACGAAGAAUCGUUUGGGUGAGAGCAUGUGAUAUGUAAUACGAAACAUAUUCUCCUGUCUUCGGCAGACAAUUUUAGUAGAGUCCAUGACCAGAGCUUGCAUAACUCCAUACAUUGUGAUUACUUAGAUUAGACAUGAUGGUCAAUGAUACAACUAUAUAUGUGUGAGUCCUAUCUACAGUACACUUACAGUAUAGUACUAUGGAUAUAUUUUUUACAUGCAUCAUUACUUUACUAGGAAAUAUCCACAUAUAACAGUUUUUGAGAAGUGACUUGAACAUACAGCGUUAGUCAUUAGACAUACAUGACCUGACCUCUCCCAUAAUUCUUCGUCACACACACAAGAAUGAAAAAGGUCAUUAGAAACAUUUAAAACAAUAUUCUUUUCGAAACAACAAGUAACACUGGAAAGGAAGAUUAACUACGGGUAUUUUACCCAUCUUCGUGAAUCAUAGAGGAAAUAAUUCAUGAACUUUUUCAUAUUCUCGGGAAAUGGAUGUGAGCAUGAUAUAAAACUGUCUUUUGUUUCACCUCUUCCUUACAGACAGCUGCAGCUUAGAUGUACAUGUAGACUUUCACAUGUUAAUGAAGAUGUGGAAAAUGGGAUUUAUGAGAAAAUUAUACAUCUUAUUUCUGCUUCUUCUUGGUUCUUCCAGAGCCACAGAUAUAAAACUAUCACCGUGUGGAAAUGAUGGAAUGAGGGAAAUAGCAGCUGACCAAGUUACAUACUUCACCUGCAAGGUUGCAGUCAAGACAACAGUGAGGUGGAAUUUAAGUGUCCAUGACACAGGAGCUCAUGAGUUGCUUGCUCUGUGUGAUGGACAUGUCUGUAAUAUCUGGCCUUAUGAUGAAAGAUUAUUUAAGGCCCGUUCUCUUGAUUCCUUGCAUACAACGAUGGCAGUUGAUGCUAGGAACACCAGUAUUUACAACAGCAUACAUAGACUGAAUGGAACUCUGUAUUGCUAUCGCGAAGAUGGAUUCAACAGGUUUACAAUCGCCAGUUGCAAGCUAAACUAUAUAAUUCCACCAGAAGACGUUUUAUGCAGAGCAGUCAAUACAUCCUGGACUGUCAAUGUGUCAUGUGUCAUUGGCAAUCUCUACUCCUCACGAAGUAUAUACAAGUGUAAACUUUUACGAUUCAAGCUAGGGCCUGGUAAGGAGAGCGGGGAAUCUGAUCACAUGUUAACAAUCAUUACUGUACAAUCAGGAUAG